CUUUAUUCGUUCCUGCCGAAUUCCUUAGCCAUCCUGGGUGAGUGUACCGAUCCUAAGAAACCAUGCCAGAGAAUGCAAGAAAGAAGCUGAGAGCAUCUUCAGAUGCACCUUGGGAGGAUGAUUUCCGCUUGCCAUCAAGUGUUCGCCCCAGCCACUAUGAUCUCUAUCUGCAUCCUGAUCUCAGUUCAAAGAUGUUUACGGGUUCUUUGACAAUUACUCUUGAUUCGUUGGAGAGUCGGGACUCCUUUCUUCUCCACACGAAGUGGCUGAGAAUUUAUGAUACAAAGAUCUCAAGAGUUGAAAGUGGACACAAUCAGGAGGUAGAAAUUAUCGAGGAGUUUGAAUACGAGCCAAAUGAAUUCUGGGUGAUGAAGGUGCCACUGCAGGAAGCAGGGGUAUUCCAGAUUUCCAUGAAGUUCUCUGGAUCUCUUACCAGAGCUAUUCUGGGAUUUUAUUACUCAGAGUAUACGGAUGUCUCGGGGAUCAAGAGGGGUUUGGCAACAACAAAAUUUGAGCCAACAUACGCACGCCGAGCCUUCCCAUGUUUUGAUGAGCCAAGCUUUAAGUCGACUUAUUCAGUAACUGUUGUUAGACCAUCAGAGAGAUAUAUAGCCCUCUCCAACAUGCCUGUGAAGGUAGAGAAAAAGGACACUCCCUCUCCAGAUUUGACAGAAGUCACUUUCAAGAAAUCUGUUCCAAUGGUCACGUACCUCGUGUGUUUCAUUGUGUGCGAUUUUACAUACAAGGAGGUACUCAUGAAAAGCGGAAUGCCUUUCCGAGUAUAUGCUCCAGAGGGCAGAGUUAAAUACACGCAAUUUGCUCUUGAAACUGGUGUAAGCAUUUUGCAAAUGUACGAAGAGAUGUUUGACUUACCUUUUCCACUACCAAAGAGCGAUAUGGCUGCCAUUCCUGAUUAUUCCUCAGGGGCGACUGAGCACUGGGGCAUCAUUACGUACCGAGAAACAAACAUCUUUUUCAAUGAGAACCUAAGCUCGGCUGCCAACAAACAACGCGUUGCCUCUGUUGUUGCCCAUGAAUUGGCUCACCAGUGGUUUGGGAAUCUGGUGACUCUUGACUGGUGGAAUGAUCUGUGGCUAAAUGAAGGCUUUGCGAGUUACGUGGAAUUUAAAGGUGUUAACCACGUUUUUCCAGAUUGGCAAAUGGAUGCCCAGUUCCAAUGCAAGACUUUGCCCUCAGUGAUGGACAUCGAUGCCAGCCUCAGCUCGCAUCCCAUCGUGCAGACUGUCGGAAACAACGACCAGAUUAAUGCGAUGUUCGAUGCAAUAUCUUAUCAGAAGGGGUCUUCAGUUCUUCGGAUGCUGGAGGAUUUCAUGGGAGAAAAAUCUUUUCAAAAAGGCAUCAAUGCAUUCCUCAAGAAAUUUGAAUAUGGCAACUCUGUAACCAAGGAUCUAUGGAUGGAACUUACUUUAGCGUGGGACAGUCAGGAGAAGAGGUCUGUUGGAGACAUCAUGGAUACUUGGACUCGACAGAUGGGCUACCCAGUUGUCUCUGUGUCUCAGUCAGCUCCAGAUUCCUUCAGUCUGAAGCAGAGCCGCUUUCUCCAGGAUCCACAGGCUGUAUUCAACCCUACAGAAUCUGACUACGGCUACAAGUGGGACAUUCCAAUAAGCUACAUUACGUCUUCAUCGAAAACCACUGAGAGAAGUUGGCUCUACAGAGACAUGGAUACUUUGGUGCUCAAGACAGAUUCCCUUGUAUCUUGGAUAAAGGUUAAUCUCAAGCAGAAAGGAUUUUACAGAGUGAAUUAUGAGCCUGCGAUGUGGCGCCAACUAGAACAGCUUUGUACAAACAAGGUACUGGACCCAUCGGAACGAGCCAGCCUGUUGAGUGAUGCUCUUGCCCUGGCUGAUGCAGCUCUUUUGGGUUAUGAUGUGGCCUUAGACAUGACGCGCACCCUUGCCUCUGAGAGGGCGUACGUUCCCUGGGAUACAGCAGCAGGACAUCUUGUUGUCAUGACAAAGCUUCUGAUCGGGACUGAUGCUAGUGCAGCAUUCAAUAACUAUAUGUCGAACCUUGCUGGGUCAGUUUACAAAGAACUUGGGUGGGAAGAUUCUGGAGAGCAUUUAAAGAAGUUGUUACGAAUUAACAUUGUCAGUGUGGCCUGUGCUAGUGGGAAUGGAGACUGCCUCAAGGAAGCUGCUCGUCUGCUGAAGUCUUGGAUCAAGGAUGCAGAAUUUCCCCUUCCUUUGGGCACUAGAAGACAGAUUUACCGUUGGGGAAUUGUUGAAGGCUCUCAGGAAUGCUGGGACGUUAUGUGGCAGCGGUCUGUUGAUGAACAGAAUGCUACAGAAUUAGACAACCUUUAUUUUGGAAUGGCAAAUGCACAGAAUGCAGAAACCCUUAAAAAAUUUAUUGAACUCGCAAAAGAUGAGAAGAAUGUUCGGAGCCAGAAUUUCUUGAACAUUCUGCAGUAUAUCUCUUCAAAUCCCAUAGGUUGUAACUUAGUAUGGGAUUGGGUUAGGGAGAACUGGCUCUGGCUUGUAGCUCGUUACACUCUGAACGACCGUUAUCUGGGUCAGAUGGUACGAAGCAUCAGCAGAUAUUUCACUACAAAAGAGAAACUGAAAGGGAUGAAAGAAUUCUUUGUCAAGCAUCCCGAAGCUGGAGCUGGAGAGUUGUAUCGCAAACAGGCUUUGGAGACUGUAGAGUUCAAUAUAAAUUGGCUCGAGAGAAAUGCACAAACCAUUCUUCAGUGGUUAAAGUCACAGUGAGGAGAUAUUAUUUUUAAAGCAGAUACAAAUGAUUUGUGUUCAGCAUUUUGGGUAAUAAAUUAAGAUGAAUUUUGAAUUUGUACAAUUGAUUAAUAGACUCCUGUGGAGUCUUUUUUACGGUGAAUUUAUAUUUUCACUCUGGGAAAAUGAAACUGCUCAUCUUCAAGUGCUGGAUUUUAUAGAUUGUGACGACAGCACAGAUGUGUGUAAAUGUGAUUGUUAUGUGACUUGCCAAAAUAAAUGAAUGACACAAAUUCUUAA